CAAGUAGAAAUGGCUCCAGAAUAUCGGGAGAAGACGGCAUUUACGAUCGGAUCGGAAUUAUGGCAAUUUAUCAGGUAUGCCGUUUGGAUUGCGUAACGCACCCGCGACGUUUGAAUGUCUGAUGGAAAAUGUGCUUUCCGAUUUCGCUUGAUUACGAUUUCCGAGUCAACACCGGAACGUCCUUGGUUGCGUCCACGAAAAUAAACCCGCUUCGCACGCGCCAUCCUGACGUAAGCUAAUUACAAACAGAUUAGCGCUGAUAAUUGAUGAUCUUUAAUCAGCUGGGAAAAUCCGUGAGAAUAGCGAAAUUAAGUAAACAAUUUUCAUUAAGUAAUUAGACUUGUUGCUCGAGUAUCUCAUUAUCAAUUACUUGCUUUGUUCGUGACUGAACUGCUGAACGUUCAGAUAAAGGUCGUUUGAUAAGGAACGUGAGUGUACAAAACUUCACCAUCCGAUUAUUUUAAAUAAAGUGCGUCGGUCUCAAAAGUUCGAUGGAUGACAAAGUGGCGACCGCGGAGAAGAGCUUCAAGCUCUUGUUGCCUCAGACUUUGGCCGCAUUUUUUGUCACCUCGCUCCAUCUACUGGUGGGGCAGGUGAUUGCGUUUUCCGGUAUCAUAGUACCGCAACUGUUCGAAGAUGCCAACGGUACCAUUCCCAUUACGGAAUCUGGAGGUGCCUGGAUAGCUAGCGCCCCUGUUUUUUCCGGAUUUGCGGCGUCGAUCGUUGGGGGAAUGCUCUCCGACAGCAUAGGAAGGCUUAACACUUUGAUGUGGGCAGGAUUGCCUGGUAUCGUCGGGAGCGUACUGAUCGCGAUGGCCCCAAACUUGUCGAUGAUCAUUUGGGGACGGGCCAUUAUGGGGAUAUCGUGGAUGUUCGUGUCCGUUGCGACUCCAGUUUACAUCAGCGAAAUCAGCCAUCCCGACAUAAGAGGAUUCCUCCUGACCUUCCUCCAGGUCUUUCUCUCGCUUGGAUCCGUUCUGGUCUACCUCAAGGGUUGGGCGAUGUCGUGGCGGAUCGUGUCCUGGAUAACCAUCUUGUACAUCGCGGUUCCGGUCGUGUUAAUCUUCUUCAUGCCAGAGAGUCCCCCGUGGUUGGUCUCGAAGGGACGCAACGAUCGCGCCAGGAAGUCAUUGGAGUGGUUGCACUCCAACCACCCCAAUCUCAAGGAGAAGGUCGAGAAGGAUUUGUGCGCGCUUCAAGCCGAACACGAGGAGAAGCUGAAGCAGUCGUCGGAGAAGCUGACGCUAAAGGAGCACCUGAAGAUGUACCUCCUUCCGACGUUUUAUAAGCCGUUCCUUAUUAUAUGCGGAAUUAUAACUCUUCAGCAGUUUACGGGAAUAUACGUGCUUCUCUUCAACAGCGUGAUCUUCUUCAAGGAUAUCGGGACGGAUAAAGAUCCGUACUUGGCGUCGGUUUGCAUUUGUUCCGUUAAGGUGGUGAUGUCCGUCGUGAACACCUGGUUCAUGAAGACCUUCAACCGGCGCCCACUUCUCAUAACUAGCGCCGUUGGAAUGGCGGUCUGCAUGGGCCUUUCGGGAAUGUUCACGCAGUGGAUUCAGGAAGGCUCAACGUACAGCAGCUGGAUCCCAGUCUCCUUGGUGCUCCUUUAUAUUAUGUUCGGAGCUAUCGGGAUAAUGUCAGUUCCAUUUCUAGUAGCGGGGGAGCUCUUCCCGCUCGCCAUACGCGGUAUUGCGUACAGUCUUAUCAUCACAGCUGCCAACGUGAUGACAUUCGCAGCCCUGCAGGCUUACUUCCCACUUUACCACGCUCUCGGGGGAUCUGCAGGUUUACAGUACUUUUUCGGUGCCGUGUCAGUGGCCGUGCUAGUCUUUAUAUACGUGUUCUUACCGGAAACUCACAAGUUUACAUUGACCGAAAUUGAAAAUCACUUCUGGACGCAUUCCACUUACCUUUUCAAGAAGAAUAAAGUAGGCCCGUGCACGGACGGCGAACAAGGAAAUAGUGCAAUUUAAUGUGCAGCAACAGCAAAGACGAAGCGAUCUUCGUCCUAUUUAGGCAUUUGACUCUAAGUCAUUGCUCGGUUUUACGAAACCUGCACAAACAGAGGUUCGAACCUCCUCCCAAACAUUUUUUUAAGCUAAGAAUUUAAACAGUAAGAUGCACAAUACGGUAGAUAGUGUCUGUUAAUAAAUUCUGCCUGUGAUCCUGAUACAACUGCCUUUACAAGAGAAAUCGAGAUCAGAUGUCAAUAAAUUCUGCAUAGUCUCACUUUUCUGUGAUCCUGAUUAGAACGUAUUUUUUAUUUUCUGUAGCCCUAAUAUACCGAUUAUUAAAUCAA